CCUCGGUUAACAAGGCCCCUCUCGCACUACGGGAGCCUUAAAAAAAUAAACCCGCCGCCUCCAGCGGUGCCGCGGCGGUGGCCGGGCAGGGCGGCCGGGCGCGGGGGGCGAGCCGGAGAGCCUCGCUCUCUGCCUCCCCGCCGUCGAUGAUGACCAUGACCACGAUGGCUGACGGGUUGGACGCGCAGGACUCCUCCAAAUCCGCCUUCAUGGAGUUCGGGCAGCAGCAGCCGCCGCCGCAGCCGCCGCCGCCGCCCCACUCGCAGCAGAGCUCGCCGGCCAUGGCCGGAGCGCACUACCCGCUGCACUGCCUGCACUCCGCCGCCGGCUCGCACCCGCACCACCAGCACCACCACCACAGCUCGCCCUACUCCGGCACCGGCGGCUCCUACAACCACCGCUCGCUCGCCGCCUACCCCUACGUGAGCCACUCGCAGCACAGCCCCUACCUGCAGUCCUACCACACCAGCGGCGCGCCCAGCCAGACGCGGCCGGACGACGCAGCUGCGGCUUUUCGCUUUGCAGAUCAGCAGAAAACGACGGUGAUCGAAAACGGCGAGAUCAGAUUCAACGGGAAGGGGAAAAAGAUCCGGAAGCCCCGAACCAUUUACUCCAGCCUUCAGCUGCAGGCGUUAAACCACCGCUUCCAGCAGACUCAGUACCUGGCGCUCCCGGAGCGAGCCGAGCUGGCGGCCUCCCUCGGCCUGACCCAGACGCAGGUGAAGAUCUGGUUCCAGAACAAGCGCUCCAAGUUUAAGAAGCUGCUGAAGCAGGGCAGCAACCCCCACGAGAGCGACCCUCUGCCCGGCUCUGCCGCGCUGUCCCCGCGCUCCCCGGCGCUGCCGCCGGUCUGGGACGUUUCGGCGUCUGCCAAGGGCGUCAACAUGCCCCCCAACAGCUACAUGCCCGGCUAUUCCCACUGGUACUCCUCUCCACACCAAGACACAAUGCAGAGACCGCAGAUGAUGUGAACUGUCCGAGACAACCCACGGCCCGAGGACGCCCGGCGCGGCCCGGCCCGAGCGGAACGGCGGUGCGGGGGGGGGGGUUCGCCUUUCGUUUGUUUCAUUUUUUUGAAGUAACCUCAGCGAUCGCUCUCGGGCAGAACGAGCCACGUCCCACUGCGGCGCGGGGGAGACGCUUCUCUCUAUGUUCACUCGGACCCCGGGGCACCGCCGCCUCUUUCUGUGCGGAGUGCGCGGACUUUUGGCUGACUUCGCCCUCGAGAAGGACCCGAACCGCAGCGGGGCCGUCUCUCUGUGUUCCGUGAGCUAUGGACACUGCGCGGUGAGAGACUGCUCCGAGCUCCCUCACUGUCAUUCCCCGAAUGCGGAAGGGGGGAACAAAUUAAACAGGGAAAGAAAAGGAGGGGUAACGAAACGAAGAGGGAAAAUUAAAUAAAAAGAACUGGUUGCGAAUGAAAGUGUACCGCGAGCUCGGAGCACGGCCACGCAGCGCGAACUGCACGCAUACGGGGAGCGGCUGCAGCACGACGGGAACCGCACGGAGAGCCGCCAGCAGCCCCGCACCCUACGAGCCCCGGCGGACCGAUAGACGGAUAGACGGUCGGACUGACAGGCAUACAGCCGGACUGACAGCCGGACUGACAGACAGCCGGACCCGCGGAGCAGCCCGACACCCCGCUCCUGCUGCUGGACCUCCCUCCCGAGCGACCUUUCUGUAUAUAUUGUUGAAUUUUAGCUGUACAUAAUACUUUGUAUGGUUUGGUCUCCUUUCAUAUCUAGAGUAAAAGCCAC